UAUUGAAUGUUAUCCUGUCAAUCACUGCUCUCCAGGUGAGUUUGUCUUCCUGCUUGAUAAGCAGCCAAUGCAGAUUUACACAAAUGUGUCGCUAUUCCUACAAACACUGGCACUACAUCUUCAUCUUCAUCACCAUCGUUCCAGUAUCCACUGGCCCUUUGGAGGUCAAAGUUGAACAUGCAACGCUGUAUGGAGCAGUAGGAGAAUCUGUCCUUCUCUCUGUGAAUUACAGUCUGUCCAAUGACGCAAAGCUACUAGAUAUAACGUGGAAGCUGAAGCAAGGGCAGAGUACCAGGAAAGUGUACGAUUUCCCAAACAAAGCAUUAUCUUCACCCUUCUUCACUAACUACGAGAAGAGGGCAGAACACUUCAGUAAUGGCUCCAUACUGCUGAAAAAGCUGACAUUCUCCGAUGAAGGGCUCUAUGUAAUCACCAUCACUACAAACGACGGCUUAGAGGAGAACACGGAGAUCCAGCUCUAUAUCGAAGCUCCUGUCACUAUGCCCUCUAUUACACAAUCUCCUCGAAGCGCAAGUCGUGGAGAACGCGUAUCCCUGCUCUGUAAUGCAUCUCGAGCAACAAAUAUGAAGAUGCGUUGGCUGGAGUUUAAUUCUUCCUCUCCGGCGAAUUCUGCCUUGGAUGAGAACGUCACGCUCCUGACGUUAGCGGUGACACAUGAAGACUGUAGGACAUACACCUGUGUGGUGGAGAACAACGUGAGCAGGAAGCAGCUCAGUCACGCUCUGAAUGGAUCAGAGGAGCUGUGUGGCUCAGCAGUUUUAGCUGAUCAAACUUCUUUGUGGAUCCAGAUUUUUAUACCAGUUGCAUUGUGCAUCUGCAUCAUCAUCUUCAUCAUCAUCAUGUGGUGGUAUUACAAAACGAAGAGAGAAGGUAAAAAGAAAGGAAUCGAUGAAGCAGAAUUACAGGAAAUAAAUCCCAACCACUCAAAAUGAGAAUAAACGUUUCCGCAGCGAUAUCUGAUGGAAUGGGUAUUCAAACUUGUACCUGCGUGGAUGUGAUCAAACCCAGUACAACAGAGGCGCGCUUAGCAUGAAGUGCCUCCAGUCACUCUGUAUUUACAUAGAGGCUGCUUUACUUACACACCAUUACAAUGCUGUUAUGCAGGGUUACAAUGCACUUAAUGUGUACAACUUUUUGCACUAUGUUAAGAACACAAUUGUAUCAGAACGGGUUAGCGUGCAAAAAGAUGUACAUUGCAAAUCUGCUUAAUAACACUGUAGUGCUGUGCAGGUGCACAUGCAUUUUAACUUCUAUGUAGAUACACAGUAAUUAGAGACAAUGCAAAGUGUUACCUAAAACAGUCCAACCUGCCACAUCAGUACACACUGUCGUGUAAAUGGACUAGCGCUCACGUGACCCAGUAACCUGGUACGGUAAUGUUUUCAUGCGUUUCGCAUCAUUGAAAACGCUGCUUCUCCCUGGUUCCGUCAUAGCUACUUUAAUUGAAGGUGCCGGGUGUGCAGACACAUGUGUUAUAAGCCAUUGUGCAGAACAGACUUGGCUGUGAAUUUCUACCCAUUACAUCCUUGAAGGAACUGCAGGUGGUAUCAUAGGGAUUGGUGACUCGUCCUCCAAUUUAUAUGCAUGGAAUCAGAGUUGCUGUCCCUAGCGGUCCUAUACCCCUUUAUAAUGUAAUGGUAGGCGCUUUGAUUUGUAUCUGUAACGCUGGAUUAUAGGGGAUACCCAUUUCCACGUAAUUGCAAAUGACUUACUGUGUUCAAGCUGGAAACUUUCACAGGCACCAGAGGAAAUUGCUCGUUCAUUACAAAAGAUAUUCAUAGCCUGCUGUCUAAAUUGCUAUGUGUUUCAGUAUAAAUGAACGACACUUGUCACUUGUCACUUGCCACAGCACUGUUGUGAAAGAGUGGCUUUGUUGUGUUCCCUCAGCUGAAGCCACUCUGUACUGCAUGCAUUUCUUGCAAGGGAAUGAAAGGGUAAAGUGUGUGUGUGUGUGUGUGUGUGUGUGUGUGUGUGUGUGUGUGUGUGUGUGUGUGUGUGUGUGUGUGUGUGUGUGUGUGUGUGUGUGUGUAUCCCUGCAUUUUUGUACAUUUAAACAACUGUACCGUUUUGAAGGCAGCACACACUAAAACAUUGUUUAUACAUAAACAAUUUGACAUGUGAUGAUGUCAUAAAGCAAA